ACGACACUGAGUAUCGUUUUUCAAAAUAUUUAGAACGAGAACUGGGGCAACGAUUGAUGAGUAAUGAGUACCUUUUUUCAAAAAUAUUUUACCCCACGGAAGACAUCUCUUUUUUUGGAUAAUUUUUAAUGGAGAGGUGGAUCUUUCCGCUUUCAGCCGUUGGCAACACUGUUUGAUCAAGAGUUAAGAAGCAAAGCAAAGCAAAGUGAUAAUAAAAUUUGUGCUCUUUCAAGUUUAAUUUUAUAACAAAUAAAAAGAUGCAGAAACUGCAUUUAUAGUGGUUAAGUGAUAAACAAGUGUUUAGUAGCAAGUGUUUUACUUUAAAAUAAACUAAACUAUCGGUUUGAUCUUAAAGUAAUUGUCUACGUAUAUCAUGCCAAUUCCGAGAAACACUGGUGUUUUAAGAACUGUCUACAGUACGACUUGAAAGACUUGAAAGGUUUAUAAAUAAAACAUGAAUGUAAUGGAACACAUAAUAAACAAUAUAUAUUUAUUAUUUUUAUUUUUCGUUGUUGGAUCGACCAAAAAUUUAAGAUAUUGCAUGGGUUUGGAAUCAUGUGGAUAUACUGUUCCUUCUGGUGAUAUUUUUGUAAAGUAUGGUGAACCAUUAAACAUAACAUGUAAUCUUUAUCCGAAUCCGAAUUCAUCAAUAUUCCCACGAGAACAAAAUUCAAGUUUAUUAUAUUUCAGAAAAAAUAACAGCAGGAAGUUGAUUCCAAAGGGAUAUAAUUACACAGUGAAGGAAACGGAAGAAAAAGUCGAAAUUUUGAAUUUAACGAGUAUAAGGUUGACCAUAAGUAAACCGGAAAAAAUGAGGGAUUUUUAUUAUUGUUGGUGCGAUUACAAAGACAAUCAUCAACUUGCUUGUUCAAAUGCAGUAGCUGUUGGUGUUUCGCCACAAAAAAUUGACAAUUUUUUAUGCAAAAGCGAUAACUGGGAAUCAAUGACUUGCUCAUGGAAACUACCAGAAAAUUUUGUUGCCACAUAUUAUAACGUUUCGAUUAUAUACCCGGAAUAUUAUACCGAAAAAAAGAAACACGGGCCCAAGCACUACAAAAAGUGGAAUAAAGGAAUUUACAAUCAUAAGACUGAAAAAUACUAUGUACAAAAUUACUCUGUUAACGAAAAUCAAACUGAGAUGAAUUUCACAUUGAGCAAAAACUCGGAUCCGUUUUACCGUUACUCUGAAGAAACCAUCAAAUUUGUGAUAGAGAUUUCCAACCAUUUUGGGAAUCGGGAGCAGAGCAUCAAUUGGUCUCAUUUCGACAACAUAUAUCUGAGGAAGCCUGAAGGUUUAAAUGGUACUGCAACGUCUCCGAGCGAUAUCAGCCUUAGAUGGAACCUGUCUAAUGCUUUGCCGGCAUUUCCUAGAAACUUGCUUUACGAAAUUAGGUACAAGUGUGAGCAUUUCUGCGAUUGGAAAGUAGCAGGUGUUUAUAAGUACAAACCUAGAAUUGACGACAGAGUUCUUCAUUAUAACUUAACAAAUCUCAAAUAUGCUCAUGUUCAUUACGACAUCCGAGUCAGAGUCAAAGUAGAAAACGCUCCAGAUGAGACCUGGUCCAGUGACGCUACUAAAAUAAUAAGAACUGAAAGUAAAAUACCGGAUUAUCCACCGCUAACCACGCUCGGCUCGUUCCAAUUUGUAAACUGUCAACCUAGACAAGUCUAUGUGUACUUCCAAAAAAUUAAACCCCAAUCUGAAAAUGGUGCAAAUUUCACUUAUUUUGUAGAGAGCGAUCCACCUUUACAGAUAUCUGAAAAAUCCAGUGCAUAUGUCAAACUCGUUGAAUUGGAAGACGGGAAACGUUAUACUUUUAGAAUUUGGUCCGAAAACAGUGUUGGCAAAUCUAGAGAAUCGUCAACUGUCAUCAUUCCAAGUCAUCCUCCUAAAGAACCAUUAAAAUUAUGGAAAAUAGUACAUACAAGUGUCAAAUAUGAACUAGAAUGGCAACGACGCGAUACAGAUAGGGACAUAAUAUCAAACUACACAUUGUUUUGGUGUGAACACCAAUUUGACAGACCUUAUCAGUGUCCAGGCUUGCUUAAUUGGACAGUAGUUCCCAGUACCAUGACGAGAUACAAUGUAACGGUACAACCUUCCAAAAACAUAUAUCAAUUCGCUAUAGCCGCCAAUACUGUAGAAGGUAGCAGCGGAAUGGUGUGGGCCACUUGCACGAUAUUGGCCAACAGAACGGUCUCUAAAAUAAAUGAACUAAUAAUCAAAAAUGUCGGUUCCGAUUUCAUUGAACUAAAUUGGAGGCAAGAUUGCCCUGAUCACUACAGUGAAGUAACCGGUUAUGUUAUUUAUUAUUGCGCAACAAACGAUACUUCCAAUGACACUUGCACCACACCAGAAAAAAAUGUCACUUUAUAUGGUACUCUGAAUGACCAGUCAGGAACGGUUAGAGGAUUGACGCCGUACACCACUUACUUGCUUGCGAUCAGUGUUAAAACCAAAUCUGCGAUAGGAGCGCGUUCAGAAUAUGUUAGAAAUGCUACGAUAGAAGCAGCUCCAUCUACACCACCUUUAGACAUAACAAUUGAUGAUAUCACGAAUUCUUCCAUCACCAUACACUGGAAAUGUCCUAUUAUAACUAACGGAAAAAUCAAGAACUACAACAUCUGGUAUAACAAUGAAGAAAAGCAGGUUGCUGGAGAUUUAGAAAGCUAUACGUUAACGAACCUAGAAAGUUACAAGUCGUACGCCAUAUCCAUGCAGGCCUGCACAACGAAGUGCUCCACGUUGUCCAAUGAAAGUUUGGCUACUACCAAGAUGGGAACACCUGGUAAACCAGGCAUACCCCGCCAAAACGAGACCACCGAAAACGGCAUGAUUAUCGUAUGGAAACGACCAGAACAACCUAGAGGAGAUAUUCAGUAUUAUCAAAUUCUCAUUACAACUAAUAAAGACAACGUCACCGGUGGAAAAAUUAUAAAUGGGACAAAUUCUGAAUUCUUUUUAUAUGAAUCUUGUCAAGCUAGCAACAAAUACAAUAAUUAUGUGACUUACAUUCGUGUAAGAGCUGUGAAUAUCAUUGGCAAUGAACAUUAUCCUGGAUUAUGGAGUGAUCCUUUCAUCAAUCCGAGUUGUAAUCUCCAAAUUUCUUGGUACAUAAUAUACAUCGUUAUUGGAAUUUUGGUUGUUAUACUUUUGGGAUUCGGAAGUAGGAAGGUGUAUGACUAUUUCAAACUCAUGAAAGAGCUGGAUAUUAAACUACCGCCUGGUCUAGCACCGGCUGUGGAACGUUCGGAAAAGAAUAUACCAGUUAUUGACAGAUUAUGUCCCGAUGAAGAACUUCUGCUUGAAAAGAUGCCCGAAAAAUGCAUGACGGGAGACUCGAGCGGAUGUAGCUCAGGUCAGGUGAGCAUCUCGUCCUCGAUCGAGUCUACAACACAUUUAUCGAUCGAUUCCGGCACCGAACAACCUAAAAUCGUUUCCGAUGACCAAAAGGAGAACUCUCUAAGACUGAGAAAUGUUUCCAGCAAAGGUUAUGUGUUACACGAUGCUACCCCAACAAUAAACCGAGGAACAAAACCAGCUUCUACCACAGCAGGCAACUACUGCGUCCUAGGAGUGGAUCCUUCCACAAAACCUUCCCAAGAUACCCCAUAUGUCACAAUAAGUGACAUAGAAACCACUACGACGCCAUGCAUUUCUAAUGAUAAGCCAUCGAGUGGACAAGCCCCUUACACGGACUUCUUCAAAACUCCCAACCCUGGAUACGUGCCAUUUUCCAAUGUUGAACCAGCCAGCAAAAACACCGGUUACGUAAUAGCAGGCGAUCUGUCAUUACCCUCGGUCGAAAUUAAAACGAAUAACGUGCUCACUGACACUCCCGUGGUGGGCUUGAAACCCGCCACGAUGUGGCAACAGCCGCCUGUUGAACCGUCUCUGGCAAAACCGGGGUACGUCAGUGUAGGGGACAGUCCCCCGCAUGUCACUUUUAAGGAGGCUAGUAAGGGGUAUGUACCCCACAGGCAGUUUGAGGCUAAGUCUUUGAAAGAAGACUAAACAGAUUUAUUAAACAAGCGUUUUGGACUUAUUCUUUAGAUUCUAUUGAAGCGCUAGGUAAUUAUUCUAUUUUAGUUAAGGCUGGAUCCCGGUUCAUUAUUUUGCAAAAUAUAUCGAAACAUUUCGGUUUAGUUCAUGUUUUAAUUUUGUUGUUAUGGAUGUUAAUGCCUAAUAUGUUGAGAUCCUAUCGUAGGGCCAUUGUGAGAACAGUAAACUGCAUUAUUAUUAUUAUUUUUUUUUUUAAAUCGUAUUCAGCUGUUAUCAUAUUAAGCAAUAUUUUACUAUAAAAAAUAACGAUCUAUUUGUAUUGUAUUUACAUAGUCAAAAAAUAAAUUGAAUAUAUUUUACUUCAACCUGGAAAUUGAGCAAAACAAUAUAAAAAUAUUUUCUAAACAUAUAUAAAAAGAUAACUUUGAAAAUAGCUAAAUGAAAAAUGUAUAAGAGUAUACCAAUCAGUUAUUUUGUUAUUUUGAAAGUGAGUCUUAUUAUAUUUCAAUUAUUUGUAAAUAAAUUUACAAGUGCCAAAAGUUAAAGGUAUGGGUUUUUUUAAUAAUACAAUAGAAUUAGAUUUGAUAACUGUUAUUUAAUAAAUAACCUAGAGCAUAAUAUGAAUAGUUACUGGAAGUGAAAACACAUCUUCCUUGCAAUGUACACUGUUCCCAUAAUGUCCUUAAAGAAUUUGUUCUAUACGAUAAGUAACCUUUAGUUUUAAUGUCCCUUGUUUGCCGUUGCAAUGUUAUCUGUGUGUUGUUUUUUAAAUGUACCUUAUCUCAUACCUCGUAAGUGUUUUACAGACAAUUGUUCAGACAGGAAUAUUAUUUUCGUAAUGUUCAGUUACAUAUUCCGAUAAUAACAAAAAUGUAGAAACAUGCCAUUUAUUAAUCAACAUAAUAAUAUGCUUGCGAGGUUUGAAAAUGUUCUCUUUCUAAUUGUAUAUUAUGCCCUUUUGGUGUUUAUGACUAGAUCAAAUGCAUUUUUGAGUGAUGGUAUUUAUUUCUCUACUGACUAAAUUGGCUUUACAAAGUUGUUCCAUGAUUACUCAAUACAAUGGUCCGUUGAUUUAAACAUAUAUAUGGCCUUUUCUAUGCACAGGGUAUUGUUAAAAUUAUUCUACAGAAGUUAUUAAAUUGUGAAAACUUUUGAUCUGUAAAAAUGUGUUAAAAAAAUAUUCCCUAUAUUUAAUUAGGAUUUUUAACUGUAUAUACAGGGCGUUUGCAAAUAAAUGCGAAAAAUUUAAGGGGAUGGUUGCCGAAGUUAUUUUGUUACAAAAUUUGGCGGGAAAAAGUCAGUGGCACACCAUUUUUUUAUUAUUAUAAAAUGUGUGGCAUUCUCGCACGAACGCCACUGGCACAAUUAGAAAUAUUCGUACCACCCCAAAAAAAUGCACAUUUAUCCCUCCAAGACUUUUGCACAUUUCGAGUCGGUAUUUAAAACUCUGAAAUGAAUAAAAAAAUAAAUUUAAACACUGUAUCUGAGAAACGAAACAUAUUUCGACGUACGUUUAUAGGAACUUUUUUACCAAAAUAACUUCGGCAACUACUUCCUAAAAUAUUUCACACCUAUUUACAAACACCCUGUAUUUUUCUGCAAUAAGAGCCUUCAUUUUUAGUUAUGAAUUGAUAAGUAAUGAUUUUUGUGUAUUGUAGUGUUGAUAUUAGUAUUUUGCAUUCUGUUAAAUAUUUGUUUGUCUAAAUUAAUUGUAUGUUAUGAUUGAUUUACGGUAAUUUACACAUUUUACCCCAAAACAACGAAAUUAUAAAAUGAACUGUUCCGAAAUUCAUAAUUUCCCAAAAAAAAUUUUUGGAAUUAGUUUCAGAGUGUCCUGCUAAUCUGGGACGCUCAAUGUGUAUGAAGGUAGGUAUUUGCUUUUAUUAAAUAAAAUGUAUCACUUAAAUUUAGUUUUUGAAAAUGAAUGCUUACUUUUGACACAUUAUUUCGAGUGGGGUUUUUUGGCAUUUAUUUUAUGGGUUUCUUUUUUCAAGAAAUCCAGUACUGAUUUAAAAUUAUCUCAAAAAUGUAAUAACUCCCCCAAAUGGUCCAUUUCUAAUUAUUUAGAACCUUCGCUUUAUUUUUAAGUAAAAUAUCCAUUGUUAGUCAAAUUAUUUGAUAGAACUGGAUUGAAACUCAAACAUGACGGUUUUCCAUUAAAGAAAGUACCAAGUGCUCAGAAUGAACUAACUGACUACUUGAUAGUUUCUAGUAAAUUAAUUCUUUUUGUGUAAAUAUAGUAUUAAAUUUUCCGACUUUUAUAUAUGUCUUAAAUGUUUCAAUGUAAAGGCAAAAAGUGUGCGGUAUAAACUGUAGGUGCCUUAACACGUUGAGCACGGCAUGAUACAAUACGUAUUUUAAUACUGAGCCGCGUGUAUUUUGAAAUGACUCAUGCCACUGUGCUAAAUAAAUGGGAACACAGACAGAGUCGUCCUAGAAACCGUUUUUAAGCACCGAUUGUUAAUUUUUUUUGUGUUAAUAUGCGUUUGAUUGGGUGUGAUGAAAAAAAUGUGUCGGACCAAUGAACAUUUUUUUUUAAGUUCAGCCAUACUCAACGUGUUAAAAAUGACUGGAGACAUAGAGACUAUUUAUGUUACGAUUAUGAACUUGCCAGAUUAUUUAAUAGUUGCUUAGACAUUUACCUGUUAGUACAGAAUAGAUACAAGAUCAUUGCGGCACUAUCCAAAAUUUUGGGGCGGCAGAAAACGAGUAGGGAAUCGAUUAUGAAUAUCGAAAUCAUAUUAGAUUGAAAUAAUAAAAUAAUAUUAGUAAAUCAAAUGAAACAAUUUAAUUUAAUGGUCGUUAAAUGGAAUUAGCAAUUUAUCAUCAUUUUUUGUUUGACUUGUGUUUGAUCUAUUAUGGUUUCAAUAUUUUGUCUUUGGUAUAACUUCAUGGACUGAUUAUUUAAAAACAAUUCAAUCAGGUUUAAACAAUCUUUUGUACCAAAUAAAGGGCUAGUUUGGUACUGCUUCAUAUCAAUUUGGAUGGAUGGAAGGCUGAAUAACAUAAAUACAUAGAAAACUUAUACUGAUUUGGUAAAGACUAAAAUUUAUUGAAUUUGAAUUUCCCUGUUUGAACUGCUGUACCUACAUCUGCACUGAACAAUUGGUUGAAGCUCAUUGCAAAAUAAUUUCUUAAGUUCCUGGGCCAAAAUAUUAAAUAGUAAAGAAAAGAAACCACCUUUGACUGAUUUUUAGAAAAUUCUUAUUUUAUUAUAUCAUUCUUUUUCUACUCCUACAUUAGAUUUUUGAUUUCAACAGAGGUUUGAUAUAAUUUAAGAUCCAUAAAACAUGAACAUAUCUUGAUUAAAAUUUUUAAAAAUCAUCAAAGCUGUACCAAAUUAAUCCAUUUUUUAUUUUCAAAAAGGAAAUAAGAUUAAAAAUAAAGCAUAAUAGGUGUAAAUGUUAUUUAAAUGUUACAUAUUCUCAACUAUAAAUUUUUUAAAAGUUUUUUAUUAUAUAGGUAAAAAAAUGAUAUUAUAAUAUGUAGUAUUACUAAAUUUUAUAUGUAUUUUUAGCUGCAGUGAAAUCAAAAAUAAUAUAACAUGGAUAAUUCGUUUCAUAAAAAAAUGGAAUUUCUCUUUUUAUAACAGUUUGGCAGCAUACUUAAAUUGAUUUUAAGGAUUUAGGUUUAUUAUUUAUAUAGAAACUUUUUUUAUAUAUUCAACGUGGCUAUACACACCCUCGCCGAAGAACUUGUAAUAAUAUUCACCCGAAUUUUUAUAAAAAAAUAUUUUAUUUUUUUAAAUUUAUAAUUUUUGUUUAUGUUAAGUUCUAUUAUUUUGGUUGUUAAGUUAAUUUAAAUGUUUAAAACUCUAGCAAUAAAAGAAAUUUCAGAUAUUUACAUAAAUUUUGUCUAAAGUAGAUAUUUUUUAAGUUUUCGCCUUGUUUGCAGCUUACAAACUGAAAAUAUCUCAAAUUUCUCGUCCGUCUGGAUUUUGUUAUUAUAUUUGUGACGUAAUUAUACCAGAUCUUGUUUUAAAUUUGAAUAUUAUUAAGCGAAUUUUUGGAAAUUUGUUUUUGUGUUAUUAAUAAGUGCAAUAUAAAAAAAAAAAUAAGAGUAUGUUUUGCGUUUUAAAUAUUCAAUCUGUGAUAAAAUUGAAUGACUUUAAGCAAGAUCUGGUUUGACAAUAAAAUUGUAUUUUGACUAUCUAACCCGAGUUUGCAUCUACAAUCAUCAGUUUAAAUAUUUUUCCUAUAACCAUAUAUGAAAGUGGUACAUAUCGCACUGUUAAGCCCUUUGGCAAGAAUGAACUUUCUGCCCGUAUGGAUAACCUAAUUUUCGCCCAUGUAUGGAGUAUGGAUAAAAAACAGAAAUAUGCUGUGUAAUAUGCUAUUACAGCCUACUGGUUGCACGAUACAAAAUGUCAAGGCUUUUAAGACGCUUAACCACAAAUACUUUUCUUUUUAAUAUAUAUUUUCCAAAUUUUUCUUUUGUCCAUGAAAUUGUAUCAAUUCCAAUUUGGUGCCCUAAAUUUUGAUAUUUUGGCAGUUAUUUUUAAAUGAAGUUCUGAUAUUUAGUAUAUUCACGAAAUUUAUAGGCUUGAUACCUUUUUCUAGCUGAUAAUAAAAAGAAAAAAUACUCAAAAUGUCAAAAUAUAGACCAUAUAAAUUUGAAAUAGCAAUCUCACACGUUUUUUUUUUAAUUCCAUUAUCAUAAACACAUCCCUGUAUUUUAGCAGAAUUUAAUAGGUUUUUUUUACAACUAAAUGUGUGCGCUCCUUUUAACGCAUCGUGUGAUAAACAAUUUUUAUAUUUAAUAAAACAUUAAAAUAAUUUGAGACUAAUUUUUUAUAAUUAAAAUAUGAUAUGCUUUCUCGGAUGAUAAUAAAAAUACUUAAAAUGUCAAAAUAUGGACCAUAGUAAUUUUCUUAUAUUUGAAAUAGCAGUAUCACACGGUUUUUUUAAAAUUCCGUUGUUAUAGACACAUACCUGUAGUUUAGCAGGAUUUAACACGUCUUUUUUUUUUUCGACUAAAUGUGCGCUCCUUGUAACGCCUCGUGUGAUAAACAAUCUUAAUUUUUAAUAAACCAUAAGAAAUUUCAAUUACUUUAAAAAUCGUUUAUUUAUUAUUAUAAAUAUGAUGGAUUAGCGUAUAAGGUGAGUUUUAACCCAUAAUUUGUCACGUACAUCUAAUUUUGAAAUUAAAAUUAUUUACAAAAACUUCAUAUUUUGAUUUAUUACAUUUAAAUAAAAUUUUGACGCAACUCCUAUUUUGGUUUUCUGAUAAACUGGACGUAUAUCUGUAAAUAAUAAGAAGUUCUAUUAAUGUUUGCAACGUUUAUCGAAUAGUCUAAAAUUAUGGAGAAAUUUUACUGUCGAUUUGAAAAAUAUAUAUUUAAAAUGUUGCAGACAAUAUCAAAAUAGAAGCUGCUCCAAAAUUCUAGAUUGAAACGCCUUAUUGUUAAUUACUUUUUAAUAAAUUAUUUACUAAGUUAUAUUAUUUAAAAGUCAUUUCAUUUUUUGUAUGUAUCAAUUGAUGUUCCUUUUACUGCUCCAUCAAAUAUAUAUAUUUAAUUACUAUCAUA